AUGGACGAAAACAACAAGAACGAUAAUACCGUUGUGACAUAUCAGCGCCGAGAUGUGCAAUUAGAUCCAGCUCCUUCCUACACUUCAUCAUUGAUCGUAAAUCUCCGGCAGCUUCAAAACGAUUUUCAGACACAGUAUCAACAUGAUAGACAUGCGCUGAAUGAAUUAAAUGAACGACUUCGCCAUUUUGUUGAUCGUGUACAACAAUUGGAAGCACAAAAUGCAAAGUAUAAUGCACAAAUUAUUAGUACUCGACGGCCCACACCUGAUCUCAACGGCGCAGAUAUUGAAUGGAACGAGCGGUAUUUACAUCUACAGUCUGAUCUUAUUGCGGUAAGCCAUGGAAGUAUUGAUUUUGGACUCGAAGUCGAAAUGUAUCAAUUACAAACGGCAAUCUAUCAGCAAUUAAUCGAAGUUGAACAGCAAUGGAAAGAUGAUCGACGCUCAAAACUAGAACAAGAAUGUAAUCAAACGGCAUUGGCUUUAAAUAGUUUACGUGCAUCGAAUUCGGAUCUAGGACGAGAAGUAGAAAGUUUUUCUGCCGCACGUAAUGAUGCCUCUCAAAAAUAUUUGAGACUAACACAAGAUUGGUCUCGCAUGAAGAAACAAAGUAAAGAAUGGGCAUUGAAUAUGCAAAUGCUGAAGAAUCAGGUGGCGUUUUACAAGAAUUUACGUUCACAUUCAACACGGGGAUACACAUCGACUGCAGGCGGUACGAUUGAUGUUAAGCAAUUCUGGACAUCGGAAUUAGACAAGGUGGUUAAAAGUAUUCGUCGUGAUUUUGAACAAUUAUAUGGUACAUUUAAUCGAGAAAUGGCAGGAUAUUACAAAACACAGUUGGAAGAAUUACAAAUAGAAGUGGAGCAAGCAUCGCAUUAUCAAUCAACUGACGUCGAGACGUACACAUUGAGUCAACAAACACUACAAGUCGAAUACGAAAAAGUACACAAGAUUUAUUCUUAUGAGAAAGAAAAUUACAUGAAAUUAGAAGCCACAUAUGCCAAAAUUGAAUCUGAAUAUCAUUCAAUUCAACAACAGAAUGGCGAACGAUUGGAAUUUCUAGCGAAAGAUUUAGAAAACUUCCAAGACAAUGUCAUGCAAGUGGCCUGUGAUAUUGAAGAAAUGCGACGAAAAAAAAUAAAUUUGGAAGGUGAAAUCAUCGUUUAUCGUCAUCUAUUGGAUAGCUAUGGCGUUUACGAGUAUACAGUACAUGAACCUUCUCCUCCAACGACGACUGGCACUUUGACAAGAAGAUUCAUUGUGAAAAGUCAAAAGAAAGGAUCUGUUGGCAUUCGAGAAUGCCCACCCGAUGGAGCAUAUAUCAGUUUGAUGAAUCAUUCACCAGAUAAAGUCAUAGAGCUGUCGAAAUGGGUGCUCAAAAGACGUAUCGACGGCAAGGUAGAACUCCGAUAUACAGUGCCCGAUGGAGUUCGACUUCAGUCAACUUGUGAAUUGAGAAUUUUUUCGAAGCAAGGCGCUGCUAUUGCCAAGUCAUCAACUAAAAAUCGUGCUGGCACUUCGCCGACACGUCAAGAACUGAUAAAUAAAGAAAUUACCACGUGGGGAAGUGGAAACUCGACAGAAACUUUUCUGUUUAACCAACACGGCGAAGAAAAAGCAAUGUUUACACAGUCGAUUGCAGUCGCAAGCAAUGAUAUCUGA